AUGAUUUAUCUGUUGCUCUUUCACAAAGUGCAUUUUCCAACCAUUCUUCCUUACUUUCCAAGGAUUGGUUUUGUACAUAAUUCUCCUUCGCUCUCUGGUCAUCAACAAACCCUUCAAAUGAAUCCUUCGGCAAAAGUUGAUCUCUCAUCAUCCACCAGCUUACCUUCACCUCUUGUGCCACGGUCUAGAGAGAAACGCGAAAAGUCAACCACCAUCAUGAUUGACCAGAAUGUGGAAGCUCAACACAAUGAUGAUCAGGUGGCUAAGGAUAUUUCUCUUGUUCACCUCGUUCAUUCGCGCAAUGGGACUCCUUCCACUUUUAUCCUCAUUCCGAAUGACCCAUC